UCUCAGGAAGUGAGCGCUGGAUGGGGGUAUACGGCUCAUUAAAUUCACACCCCCACCCCCACCCCCACGUCCCAGGUGUAGAGAGGAAAACUACGGCCCAGAAAGCCAGACUUGCCCAAGGUCACACCAUCAGCCAGGAGCGCAGGGAGGCCGAGCCCCGCAUUCCAGCUCGCGGGUGCGUCCCACAGGGUGGUCUGGGAGGCGGGGCCAACGUGCAGACGGACAGGGCGGAAGCGUCUGGGCAGCAGCGGCUGGGCAACCGGGACUAAUCACCAGGCUCCGCGACCGCGGCGGAGCGGGCGGCGGACCCGCCAAUAAAAAGCCGCGGGGGAAGUGGGCGGGCACUUCCGCUUCGGGGGAAGGGGCCGAGCCUGCGGGACCCUGCGGCCGAGCUGCCUCCCAUGGACCCUGAGGUGACCCUGCUGCUGCAGUGCCCUGCGGGGGGCCUGCCCCAGGAGCAGGUCCAGGCUGAGCUGAGCCCCGCCUAUGACCGUCGCCCACUGCCAGGUGGGGAUGAGGCCAUCACUGCCAUCUGGGAGACCCGGCUAAAGGCCCAACCCUGGCUCUUCGACGCACCCAAGUUUCGCCUGCACUCAGCCACCCUGGCGCCCACUGGCUCUCGGGGGCCACAGCUGCUCCUACACCUGGGUCUUACUUCCUACCGGGACUUCCUGGGUACCAACUGGUCCAGCUCAGCUGCCUGGUUGCGACAGCAGGGGGCCGCGGACUGCAGUGACACGCAGGCCUAUCUGGCGGACCCACUGGGGGUGGGCGCUGCACUGUCCACGGCUGAUGACUUCCUUGUCUUCCUGCGCCGCUCCUGGCAGGUGGCUGAGGCCACUGGGCUGGUGGACGUGCCUGGUGGGCACCCUGAGCCUCAGGCCCUGUGCCCUGGUGACAGCCCCCAGCACCAGGACCUUGCUGGGGAGUUGGUGGUACGUGAGUUCUUUUCCAGUGUCCUUCAGGAGAUCUGUGAUGAGGUGAACCUGCCGCUGCUCACCCUGAGCCAGCCCCUGCUGUUGGGAAUCGCCCGAAACGAGACCAGUGCUGGCCGAGCGAGUGCCGAGUUCUAUGUCCAGUGCAGCCUGACUUCUGAGCAGGUGAGGAAGCACUACCUGAGUGGAGGUCCCGAGGCCCACGAGUCUACAGGAAUCAUCUUUGUGGAGACACAGAACGUGCGGAGAUUGCAGGAGACGGAAAUGUGGGCUGAGCUCUGUCCCUCGGCCAAAGGCGCCAUUCUCCUCUACAACCGGGUUCAGGGAAGUCCCACCGGAGCAGCCCUAAGGUCCCCAGCCCUACUCCCACCAUUCUGAAGACAAUAAAGGACUUCAUUUUAUUGGCA